AUGGCAGGCUAUUAUCUUGAAAAAUCUGAGAACUGGUAUCAUGUUCGUUCAAAUAGUUUGCCUGCCAGAUCACACCCUGUCACUUCUACGAUCGACGACGAGUUGAACAAAUUAAAGGCUUGGGAGGAAUUGUCGACAUCCAGCUCAAAGGCAGAGACCAUAUGUGUUGGUCUUUCUGGCCUUGGAGAUGUGUAUGAAUGCGUCAAGGAUCUUCUUCACUUGCCUUCCACGCAACAAGCCCUCUUCCAGUUUCCAGACCAGAAAUGGGUUUCUGAAGUUCUAGAUGCAUCUGUCAAAUUGGUGGACGUGUGUGAAACUACAAGGGACCUGCUGUUGCAGAUGAAACAAAGUGUUCAAGAUCUCCAAUCGGGUCUUCGUAGAAGAAAAAGUACUGAAGAGUCAAGCCUCCAAUUCUGCAUAAAUGCUUUCAUCUCUGCAAGAAAGAAGAUGAAGAAGGAUAUUGUCAAGGGCCUAGAAGCAUUGAAGCAAAUGAAAAACAAACUUGGAUCUUCUCCACCAAUUGGUAUAGAAGACCAUCUAUCAAUGGUUGCUAGAGUACUAAAACAAGUCUGUGUUAUCACUAUCUCCAUCUUCCAUUCACUCUUGACAUUCAUGUCCGUGUCCAUGUCAAAGCGGAAAUCUAGUGCGUGGCUAUUGGUUUUAAAAUUUGUGCACAAAGAGCAGAUAAGUUAUGAAGGCAAUCAGAAUAAGAAUGAAGUAGAGAGUGUUGAUGCUGCGAUCCAUGCCAUAAGCAAGAAAAUUUCAAGGAAAGAUUGUGAUAUUGAGAAGAAGGUGGAAAAAGCAAAGACAAGGUUGGAUAGUUUGGAAGUCACCAUUGAAGAUCUAGAGAGUGGUUUGGAGUGCAUGUUUAGGCACUUAAUCCAGAUGAGAGUCACCCUCCUUAACAUAUUGGCUUACUAA